AAAAAGUGGUGGUGUUUCAAAACGAGAAAAGGGACCGAGGCUCGGCAGAUGUGGGACGAUUUUCGGACGACGGCCACAAAUCGGUAAUUUUUGAUUCGAGGUAACCAUGAAGCUGCUGCUGCUGGCCGGUUGUUGGGCGUCCCUGGUCGGCCUGCUGGUGGCCUUCCCCGAGCAGGGCAAGUGGGACUUUACGCUGUCGACGGAUGGUCGAUACAUGCCGAUUCCAAAGUCGGUCUACGCCGGGUUUCGGAUUUACACGCAGAUAAGCUGCUCUCCGUUAGAUUCUCAGAAGCCAACAGUUCCGUUGCAAAUCUCCUGGAUGUUGCUGGAACUAAAAUGUUGGGAAGAAUACGUCCGGAACUCCGGCAACCCGCAGUACGAUGAGUUCUUCUCGACGCCGAAUCACUCCAAGGUGACGUCGGAUCCGAUCACGGAAUCGUGCACCUCCGGUGGCCACAUCAGCCUGCCCGAGCUGAAGCUCAAGGAGGCCGUGGUGGUUCCGGAGGAGAAAGCCCCGUUCCAGGCCAAAACGCGCCGCGAGGUGGGCCAGUCGGAACCGCACUCGAUCUUCACCAUCCCCAAGGACGGGCUGUACAUCUUCAUCCUGCGGAUCGAGUCCAAGGAGGACUACCAGGCGAACGUGCACGUUGAGAUGAAGGGCCCCAACGGGUUCCUGUCGGCCGUCGAUUGGCCGCUGCUGCCGUUCUACGGCGCCAUGUGCGGAGUUUACGUCAUCCUCGGCAUCAUCUGGCUGACGGUUUCGUUCCUUCAGUGGCGCGACCUGCUCCGGAUUCAGUUCUGGAUCGGUGGCGUUAUCCUGCUCGGGAUGCUCGAGAAGGCCGUUUUCUACGGCGAGUACCAGAGCGUCAACUCGACGGGAAUCCCCGUCAAGGGGAUGGUCCUGUUCGCGGAGUGGGUCUCCUGCGGCAAGCGAACCCUCGCCCGGAUGUUGGUCAUUAUCGUGUCGCUGGGCUUUGGAAUCGUCAAGCCCCGCCUCGGCCCGAUGCUGCACCGCGUCGUCGGCACCGGCGUCCUCUAUCUGGUCCUCGCCUGCGUCGAGAGCUUCCUCCGGAUAAUGCACACCAAAAACGACCAACUCCUGGUGGCCAGCAUCCCGCUCGCAGUCCUCGACUCCGCCAUCUGCUGGUGGAUCUUCACCUCGCUCGUCCAGACCACGCGCACGCUCCGGUUGCGGCGGAACAUGGUCAAACUCUCGCUCUACCGACACUUUACCAACACGCUCAUCUUUGCCGUGCUGGCGUCGGUCGUGUUUAUGCUGUACUCGAUCAAGACGCACCGCUUCGCGGACUGCCUGACCGACUGGAAGGAACUGUGGGUGGACGACGCCUUCUGGCACGUGCUGUUCUCGACGCUGCUGCUGGUGAUUAUGAUUCUGUGGCGCCCGACGAACAACAACCAGCGGUAUGCGUUCACUCCGCUGCUGGAUAACCCGGAGGACGAGGAUGAUGACGAGGAGGAACAGUUUGUGUCGGACGCGUACGGCGUCAAGAUGCGCGGGGCUCGCAGCGCCUCCCCCAAGCCAAACUCGGCCAAGAGUCCCACCACGGAGGAGGACGACCUGAAGUGGGUCGAGGACAACAUCCCGGCGGCGAUUGCGGACGCGGCCCUGCCGGUGCUCGACUCGGACGAGGAAAUCGUCAACACCAAGUUCGAGGUGUCCAAGAUGCAAUAAAAAAAAACAUUUAGGUGGGGAGGGUUGGGGACAAAGUUGGACCGAAAUGCUUUCUUUCUUUUUUUGCGGAAGAAAAAUGGUUUAGAUAUUUUGGUUUUUACAGCAAAAGAAAAAAAUACGGACAUGAAUACAACAAUAGACGAAAAGAGUCAGGCGCUAGUCAGUUCAAGCAGAAAGUAGAAGAAGCAGGUUCGAUUUUGAUUUGACACCAGUUCCAUCCGAAUUAUUUCGAUUUUCCACAAUUCCGCGAAUUAUCUCUUUAGUAUAAACGUAUCCGAAGUAUAGUUUGCUUAAAAGUACGAUUAUUUUUGUGCGUAUCUGUGACUGUUUACUUUGGAUCAUCUUAAGUUGUAAUAAUCCAUAUUUGUAGCGAAAAAAAAAACAAAGUAAUAUUUAUAGAAAAGUCCGACAAAACGCAAGGAUCUUAGUUAGGCGUUUUUUAUUAGUCUUCUAGAAAAGAAAAAGUCGAUGAAAUAGCUACUAUUCCUCUAAUUCCAAGGAAAACACAAGUUCCGUCUAGCGAUUUUAUAUGCGUUUUUUCAUCAUGAAUAAUAUAUUAAACAUACGUCUCUACUUCAAAGUGAACAUUUAACCUUAACCUAACAAAAGUUUAGGAUCAAUGACAAAAACAAGAACGCAGAGAUUCGUCUGUUUCUUUUCCUCUUUCCUUUUAGAGUGUAGCGCAAUUUGGAUCUAUUGGGUAGGUUGAUGAUACAAAGCUCCUUUUUGUACAUAGUGAGACAUUUAUACAUUAUUAAUUUUUCUGUAAAUUUAUUGCAUAACUAUAACCAUAGACAGAAAGUGACACGUGAGUAAGCGCUGUUCCGCAGGAGCUAUUGAGAACUACAAAUAAAAUAGACAUUGAGAGUA